CCCGGGCGCAUCAGCUGGCAACGAGCGGCCGCCUCCCCGGCCUGAACCAACAGAGCCAGGAUGGCAACGGUGCCGGCAACGUCCGGAGCCGGUAAAGGGGAGUCGUCGCCUGCGGGACCCCGAGAGCUGUGCUGAGAAGAGUCCUGGAAGCUUGUGGUUCCUCCCUUCCGAAGUGAAAGAUGGUUCUGCUACGGCAGUUUGGGCUUCUUCUCUGGAAGAAUUACAUCUUGCAGAAGCGACAGAUUUUGGUCACGAUCAUAGAGAUCUGCCUGCCAUUGUUGUUUGCUGCCAUCCUCAUUGCCCUCCGUCACAGAGUACAGGCGGUUGACCACCCGAAUGCUACCACCUAUCACAGCCUUCCGGUGUCUCAGCUUCCUAUCUCCCCUCAUUGGCACCCAUACAACUUGGAGCUGGCCUAUGUUCCUGCUAACAACACGGCUGUGAAGAGCAUCGUGGAGACUGUGGCGAAGGCACUGGAAAUCAAUACCAAAGUUCGAGGCUUCCCUUCUGAGAAAGCCUUUGAAGACUACAUCAGGUUUGACAACCGCUCUGGCAAUGUUCUGGCUGGCAUUGUCUUCGAACACCUCUUAGCUCACAGUCAAGAGCCCCUGCCACUGCAGGUGAGUUACCGCCUGCGUUUCAAAUACAGCCCUAGGAAUGCCCCUCGGAGUGAGCAGACAGGCCUGAACCCUAACCUGGACCGUGAUUGGCACACCAGCUACCUCUUCCCGCUGUUCCAGUUACCAGGACCCAGAGAACCCAAAUUGCACGAUGGAGGGACACCAGGGUAUUACCGAGAAGGCUUCCUGGCAGUGCAGCAUGCUGUGGACAUGGCAAUCCUGCAGUCCCACACCAACACUUCUGCGGAAAGUCUGCUGGAAAGGUUCAUGGUGGUCAUUCGCCGUUUUCCCUACCCACCCUACGUCAACGACCUCUUUGUGCUGGCCAUUCAGAACCAGCUUCCCCUGCUGCUCAUGCUGAGCUUCACCUAUACCUCGCUCAACAUAGUCCGUGCUGUGGUGCAUGAGAAAGAGAAGAAGCUGAAGGAGUACAUGCGAAUGAUGGGCCUCAGUAACUGGCUGCACUGGAGUGCCUGGUUCCUCAUGUUCUUCCUCUUCCUCUUGGUCUCCAACUUCUUUGUCACCAUCCUCUUCUGCGUAAAGGUGAGCAAACAGGGAGCGGUGCUCACAAAUAGUGACCCCACUCUGGUGUUUACCUUCUUGACAGUCUUCUCCAUCGCAUCCAUCUCCUUCAGCUUCAUGGUCAGCACCUUCUUCUCCAAAGCAAACGUGGCGGCAGCUGCUGGGGGCUUCCUCUACUUCUUCUCCUACAUUCCAUACUUCUUCAUCUCCCCACGCUACGACACGAUGACACACAACCAGAAGCUUUCGUCGUGCCUCAUUUCCAACGUUGCCAUGGCUAUGGGAGCGCAGUUGAUCGGCAUGUUCGAAGGGAAAGGCACUGGGGUGCAGUGGAGGGACCUUCUGAAACCAGUCAGCGUGGAUGAUAACUUCACUGUGGCUCACGUCCUAGGGAUGCUACUCCUGGACUCGGUGCUGUAUGGCUUGGUGGCCUGGUAUGUGGAGGCCGUCUUCCCAGGAGAGUAUGGCAUCCCACAGCCCUGGUACUUCUUCUUGAUGCCUUCGUAUUGGUGUGGGAGUCCUCAGACAGUGCUGGGAAAGGAGAAAGAAGAGGAGGAGGACCCAGAGAAGGCCCUGAAAAGCCAGUACAUAGAAGAGGAGCCGUCGGACCUGGUUUCAGGGAUCAAAAUUAAGCACCUGUCCAAGGUGUUCAAGAUGGGGAACAAAACCAAGGAAGCCGUAAGGGACCUGACCCUGAACAUGUAUGAGGGGCAAAUCACAGUGCUUCUGGGGCACAAUGGUGCUGGGAAGACGACGACUUUGUCCAUGCUCACAGGACUGUAUCCUCCAACAAGUGGCCAAGCAUACAUCAAUGGCUAUGAGAUCUCCCAGGACAUGAAUCUGAUCCGAAAAAGUCUUGGCCUCUGCCCUCAGCACGACGUCCUCUUUGACCAAAUGACAGUGGAAGAGCACCUGUACUUCUACGCUGGGUUGAAAGGUUUUCCUGCAGAGAAAUGUCUAGAGGAGAUUAGCCGCAUCCUGCACAUCCUCAGCCUACAGGAGAAACGCUUCUCUCUGUCUAAAGCAUUGUCUGGGGGGAUGAAACGGAAGCUCUCCAUUGGCAUCGCACUCAUUGGAGACUCCAAAGUGGUGAUGCUAGACGAGCCAACCUCAGGCAUGGAUCCGGUUUCCCGCCGGGCCACCUGGGAGCUUUUGCAGCAGCAGCGGAGCACCCGCACCAUCCUGCUCACCACACACUUCAUGGACGAAGCAGAUCUGCUGGGCGACCGCAUUGCGAUUAUGGCGAAGGGGGAGCUCCAGUGCUGUGGGUCUUCGCUCUUUCUCAAGCAUAAAUACGGUGCAGGAUACCACAUGGUGAUGGUGAAGGAGCCGUGCUGCAACCUUGGGGAAAUCUCCCGUCUCAUCUAUCACUAUGUGCCCAACGCCACCCUGGAGAGCAACGCUGGGGCGGAGCUGUCCUUCAUCCUUCCCAAAGAGAGUACGCACAGGUUUGAGGCUCUGUUCACAGAGUUGGAGUUACGCCGGGAAGAGCUGGGCAUUGCCAGUUACGGAGCCUCAGUCACCACUAUGGAGGAAGUUUUUCUGAGAGUUGGCAAGCUGGUUGAUUCCAGCAUGGACAUCCAAGCCAUCCAGCUGCCGGCUUUGCAGUACCAGCAUGAACGGCGAUCCAACGACUGGGCCAUGGACGACUCCAGCAGCCUGAGUGGGAUGACUGACAUGACGGAUGACAGCGGGGCUCUGAUCACGGAAGAUUGCUCCAGCAUCAAGCUGAACACAGGGUUCUACCUCUGCUGCCAGCAGUUCUAUGCCAUGUUUAUGAAGAGGGCUGUCUACAGUUGGCGCAACUGGAAGAUGGUGGCAGCGCAGUUCCUGGUGCCUCUGAUCUUCACUGCCUUCGCCCUGAUUGUGGCCAAGACCUUUCCAGGCCCACGAGACUCUUCCCUGCUCAAGAUGACCUUAAAUCCGUAUGGACAGACUACAGUGCCCUUUUCUGUCUCCCAAGAAUCCACCCUGGCCCAGAGACUAGGAGAGCAGUAUAAGGAUAUCGUGGACUCUCAGCACCAAGGGCCACUGGAGGUCGUGGGUGAUCUGCAGGAAUACCUGAUUUCUCGAGCAGCUGAAGAAGGGGGAGCCUUCAACGAGCGCUAUAUUGCGGCAGCGUCCUUCGAAGAAACUGGGGAUCUCGUGAAGGUGACGGCUCUCUUUAACAACCAGGCGUUCCACUCGUCUGCCGCAGCCCUUCUCCUGGUUGACAACGCCCUGCUGAAGCUGCUGGUUGACCCCAAUGCUUCCAUCUCCGUGGCUAACUACCCACAGCCCCGCAACACAACAGAGACCGCGAAGGACCAGCUCAUGGAAGGCCAGACGGGUUUCGCCAUUGCAAUCAACUUGCUCUAUGGAAUGGCCUCGUUGUCCAGCACCUUCGCUCUCCUGCUCGUCAGCGAGAGGGCCAUCAAGGCCAAGCACGUCCAGUUUGUCAGCGGGGUCUAUGUCGUCAAUUUCUGGCUCUCAGCCCUCCUGUGGGACCUCAUCAACUACCUCACGCCCUGUGUGCUCAUGCUGGUGAUAUUCCAAGCCUUUGAUGUGAAAGCCUUCACCCAGGACAACCACCUUGUUGAUGUGAUGCAGAUCUUCCUCCUUUACGGCUGGGCCACUAUCCCCCUCAUGUAUCUGCUCAGCUUCUUCUUCUCUGUGGCUUCUACGGCCUACACACGCCUCACCAUCUUCAACAUCUUCUCAGGGACAGCCACCUUCCUGGCAGUCACUAUCAUGAGCAUUCAAGAACUUGGAAUGGUGGAUCUCUCAAGGAUGUUGGAUAAAGUCUUCUUAAUCCUGCCCAAUUACUGCUUGGGACAAAGCAUCAGCAAAUUCUACCAGAACUAUGAGUUCAUUCAGUUCUGCACCUCCUCAAUUGAGUCUCUCCUUGUCUGCAAAGUGUUUAAUAUUACUUUCCAAACCAAUUACUUUGCAUGGGAGAGCCCUGGGAUUGGCAAAUACUUGACUUCCAUGGCUGUACAGGGGCUUGUGUUCCUCAUCCUCCUCUUCCUCAUUGAGACCAACAUCCUUUGGAGACUGAAGAACCUUGUCUGCAACGUGCAUCGGAGGCGGAAGUGGGUGAUGCUGCUGAACAGAGUCCCCGUCCUUCCAGAAGACCGGGAUGUUGCAGAUGAGAGGAAGAAGGUUUUGGAGUCACCAACAGCAUCCCUUUCAUCACUGAACAGUCCCUUAGUCAUUAAGGAGCUUACCAAGGUGUACAGCAACAGGGACUCAUGCCUGGCUGUGGACAGGAUAUCCUUGGCAGUCAACAAAGGCGAGUGUUUCGGUCUUCUUGGCUUCAACGGGGCAGGGAAGACCACCACCUUCAAGAUGCUGACAGGGGAUGAGAGCAUCACAUCGGGAGACGCCUAUGUGGAUGGGCACAGCAUCCUGGCCAACAUCAAAAAGGUCCAGCAGCGGAUUGGCUACUGCCCCCAGUUUGAUGCCCUUUUGGAUCACAUGACCGGGAGGGAGACCUUGAGCAUGUACGCCCGGCUGCGAGGGAUCCCCGAGCGCUACAUUGGCAGCUGUGUGGAGAACAUGCUCCGAGGCCUGCUCUUAGAGCCACAUGCGAACAAGCUCAUCAGGACGUACAGCGGUGGCAACAAGCGGAAACUGAGUGCGGGGAUAGCCCUGAUUGGUGGCCCCCCUGUCAUCUUCCUGGAUGAGCCCUCCACCGGCAUGGAUCCUGUUGCCAGGCGCCUACUGUGGGAUGCAGUUGCCAGGACGAGGGAGUGCGGGAAGUCCAUCAUUAUCACUUCACACAGCAUGGAAGAAUGUGAGGCUUUGUGCACCCGGCUGGCCAUCAUGGUGAAUGGGCAGUUCAAAUGCCUGGGGAGCCCACAGCACCUGAAGAGCAAAUUUGGCAGUGGGUACACCCUGCUAGCAAAAACCCACAGCGAUGAUGAGGACAACCUUCAGGCCUUCAAAACAUUUGUGGAGAAGACUUUCCCAGGAAGCAUCCUGAAGCAUGAACAUCAGAGCAUGGUCCAUUAUCACCUCACCAACAAGAACCUCAGCUGGGCACAGGUGUUUGGGGCACUAGAGAAAGCCAAAGAGAAGUACUGCAUGGAGGAUUAUUCCGUCAGCCAAAUCUCCUUGGAGCAAGUCUUCAUGAGCUUCACCCGUUUCCAGCACUACACAGAGGAUCAAGAGAAAUGAGGCGGAGCCCCUCUGCCUGCUCCGCACGGACUGACCCUGCUGCCUAUACAUAGUAUAUAUAGAGACAGUAAUUUAUAUUAUCAGCCAUGUCUCCAACAAUGCAUCAAAAGGACAGACAUUCUCAACGAAGCAGUGGGGGGGGGGGAGAUCUCCAGCUCUCCGCAGUGCCGGGAUCAAGAAGAAGAGCAUGCAUGAUGUGUCCGAGUGUGUGUGUGUCAUGGUGUACGUCCGCAUGUGGCGAGGCAUGGGAAAGAGCAGCAAAGGGCUGCAUCUCAAGGCAGCACAGCCAGCCUGUGGGUCUUAACUAGCUCUCCCUCUGCCUUUAAGCCAACCAGAGAGGACAGUGUUGCACCACCACGCAGGUAAUGAACUCCUGGUGCUGGGAUGACUGGUGGACCCUGUCUUUUGCAUCCUCUCCUCCAGGACUUCCACUGGGUCAACAUCUAUGUCAUUGGCCCAGUGUGCCUCUGCAAAUGAGGCACUGGCAAUGCACACGUCUGUCUGUCUGCAGCCCAUGUCUGUAUGAGGAAACAAAACGUCCCCGUGUGGCGUAUCCGUCCAGCCCGACUUCCUUUUCGCCACUCGCUUUCCUCAGGUGGAGCAGGACGAGGAGGGCAGCAUGCAACCGGUCACAGUCCCCACCUCACUCUGGGGUUCCUAUCAGAUCUGGGAUUAUUUAUUUAUUUUCCACAAGGUGCCGGGGGGGGGGGAGAUAAUGCAUUUUGCUUUUCAGACAACUGUGAGGCUGAGUUUAGCAUAGUAGGAAUCCCGCGGGCACCACCCUUGCACAUUCCUUCAUCCAUGUCACUAACCUUAAAUGUUCACGGAGAAUCUCCUUCGAGGUGGUUUUGCUGUAGUUUAGAGCAAUGUUCUUCAACCUGCGGCCGUCCCCAGAUGUUGUUUGCUUAUGCUUCCCAUCACCUGCAGGGAUAUGAGCAAGCUGGAAGAUGAGUAGAGAAGGACAGCCAAGAUGAUAAAGAUACCAAGUCUUACGAGGAACGGUUGUGGGAGGUUGUGGGUAGGUUUAGCCAGGGUAAGAGGAAAUGGAGAGGAGAUAUGACAGCCACCUUCAAAUAUCUAAAGGGCUGCCAUGUGGAAGAGGGAGCAAGCUUGUUUUCUCCUGCUCCAGAGGGUAGAACCCGAACCAAUGGAUCCAAAUUACAAAAAAAGAGAUUCCGACUAAGAACUUUCUGACAGGAAGAGCUUAUUCAGCUACUUCAGAAGAUGCUGGGCUCUCUUUCUCUGGAGGUUUUUAAACAGAGGUUGGAUGGUCAUCUGCCAGGGAUGAUUGAGUUGUAACUCAAUGACCCUUUGGGUUCCUUCCAACUCUACAAUUCUUCAAAUCUAUGAUCCCUAACCAUUAGUUAAGCUGGCUGGGGAUGGUGGGAGUCAAGAGUCCAGCACCAUCUGGGGACCAAAGGCUGAAGAGAACUGAUUUAGAGAAACUAGCCAAAAGCUUCCAUCAGCCACGGAUCAUGGGAGAGUUCUCUGCUGUAUGAAAUCCUAGCCAAUUGCAAAGAAGUGGAACCGCCACUUGGCAACCUGUCAUUUUGUCUGUGUAUGCUCCAGGACCAACUAAUCAUGUGCUCUGUUACGGCUUGAUUCUGGACCCAGGUGGGGACAUUGUUCUGCACUUUUGGGGUUUGUAGCAGCCAAGUCAGCCUUGGCCUAGGCUGUUGUCAGGUGGAAGCAUCUCCAUGUCCUCCUCCUCUGAAAUCUGGAAAGAACAGGCCGUGAAGGUGUUGGUGACAGGUGGCCACUUAUAUUAAGGUGCUCUGCUGGAACCAGGGCUUUUGAAUCCCUCCAAGAAGUUGGAGUGAGGAGGAAGUUCACGCCCAGUUUCAAGGUGCUCACCUGCAUCUGCCAAGGUGCUCACCUGCACUGUAGGAUAUGUUCUGUUGUAGUGCUGCUUUUGUCUCAACAGAUGACCAGGAUGUGUUCCCACUUAGGGCCAGCUCAGCCCUUGGUUCCCCAGAAUGAAGGAUGUUCCCAAUGCAGGGCAGGGGAAUCCCGAGACUCUCCAAAUGCCUCUUCGACCCCAGUUCCCAUCAUCCCAAAACCGUUGGCCAUGCAGACAGGGGGUGAUGGGGGCUGCAGCCCAACAACAGUAGGAAGACAGGCUCCCCAUGCCAGCCUUAUCACCUCUGUUAGGGUGAGUUAGCACAUUCCCCUUGGGGGAAAAAAUGAGAGAAAUGCCACCAUGUCAUAGCAGACAUUAUUGUGGUUGUCCCUUGCUUUCCUCACAUGGGGGCGCCUUAUAGAAAUUACCAUGUUAAAACCUGCCUUUUGUAUCACAUUGAGGAAAGAUUGAGUGGAGGGUCCUAGCAAGGGGUUAUUCUGCUUGUCCAAAUGGGGAACUCUGGAGACUAGCGUUUUGUAGGGCCAGGUGUGUUGCAGCCCAAGUGCCCAUCCCGGCAAAAAAUUUAAAAAAUCCUGCCUUAGAUAAAUGUGGGCCUAAUUGCAUGCACCUGUCAAGACUUGAACAGCACCUGCUAACUAAGCAUCUGCUCUGCACUGAGCCCUCUGUAUGCUGCUUGCUAGAUCACCAAAAAAACAAAACCCACCCAAAUCUGCAGCUCCAAGUUGGGCAGAGGGGAACCCAGCAAAAAAACAAAACAAACCCUUCCAUUUUGUCCCUCCUCUAAUGUAUCCUAUUUGUGCAAAGGCAAUGAUAGCAGUUGCAGUGCUCAAGGUUUUAAUGAGACUCGGAGAUUGUCAGCAGAUCAGGCAGGAAGUGGCCUAGUACUUCAUUCCCAGGCCCUCUAGCAAGGAGAUAAUUCCUGGCCACCAACCCUUAGCCAUUGGCUAGUCCUUGUUGGGUUCAUGCAUUUCCUUGCACCUGCAUACGAGUAAAAUUUGAUAUCUGGAAGAGAA